AUGAAGGGGGUUGCUCUUCUUUCGCUUUUUGGGGCUGCCCUGGCUCAUCCGGCGGGCCUUUGGUGGGGUACGGAUGUCUGCUAUACCAGUCCAGACAACACCGACAAUCAGUGCUCGGAUGUUCAGCAGAAAGGCUUUGACUUGUCUGAGCUGGCAAACGGUGACAAUUGGAGCUUUGAAGGCUUCCAUUUUGUUGGCCUCGAGCCCAAGAAUGGCUGUCAAGGAUCUAGCUACGGGGGCACUUGCCUUGGUGGAAAGCUCUCUAGUGACGAUGACUGGACAAUCAAGAUUUUCGCCACUGACGCUCCAUUCUCAAUCCGGAACUUCCAUCUUUCAACUUCCCGGAGCACCGAUGUUUUCAUCAUCUACGAGAUGCCGGAUGGUUCUUCCUGUCAUCAUGUCGCUUCCAGCUCGUACAGGGGAACUGAUGUCGGCAACGACCAGUGUGGCGGUGCUGUAUCAGUCGAGUUCACACUUCCCCAAGAGAACAAGUUCGGCGAUUGUGAUAUAGAGAUCCAUUCGAUCGACUUUGACUGUUCUACUGGAUCUAAGCCGCCAAGCCCCGUCCUUGACCCCUCUCAUUCUCAUCAUGUGCCUACCACGAGCUCGACUGUUUCCCUUCCUCAUUUCCAUUUGCCCUCUACUACACGGGAAAUUCCUACGCUUAGCCACUCUUCCCAGAAGAUGACGACUUCCACAAUCUGGACUACCGAGGAGAUUACUAUCACUAAAUGCCCACCCAAUGUCACUAACUGCCCUGGUCAUUCGACUGUCUUGGUUACCUCUACAUACCCAUUGUCAACAACAGUCUGCCCUUCUAAACCCGCGGAAACCAAUCCUAGCACAACCUCUCCUCGUGUUGUGCACUCGCACCCCUCGAUCACUAGCUCUUUCACUACAGCUACUGAGCCCAGCCCUCCUGUUGUUACUGCUCCCUGCCCUAACGUGGUACCCAAGUGUCUCAACACAUGGCUCACUAUUCCGAAGUGCGACUCGAACAGCGAUACUGCAUGCUUCUGCCCAUCCACCGAAUUCACGGACAAAGUUAGGGGAUGCAUUCGGGCCUGGAGCAGCUCCAAGAAGGAGGAAGAUUCCGCCCUUGCUUUCUUCGCCGGUAUUUGUGCUCCCUUCGUCCCGGAGAACCCUGCGAUUGUCGACAUCCCCACAACCUGCACUUCUUCCGACCCCGCUCCUAAGACCACUGCUGGUCCUAAAGUCACUCCCAGCACACGUACCGUUGUUGCGACUAUUGGUGUGCCUACAUCCGUCGCCCUCCAGACUCCUUGUACCACCAUCAGCUGGGCUUCGCACACGACCACUGUUCCCCUCGUUAGGUUCAGUACGGUCACUUGUUCCUCCACGACAUCUGUGAAUUUGGUGGUUGUUACUACUGCCAGUCCUCCUUCUAAGAGUGGCCAUUUCGCGCACGUGUCGUCCUCGACGUUGACAACUAGCUGCAAAACACACUCCACCGCUAUUUUUACGCCGACUACGCCUAAGCCCACUGUGUCCAAGCCCACAGGAUCUAAGCCAACUGAAACUGUCGUUCUUUCCAAUGUUGGGUCGAAACUACCCAUGUACGGUUUUUGGGGUUUUGGCAUCGCCCUUUUGGCGCUCUUUUUUUAA